UGGUACGCGCUGAGCGCGGGUGGUAACGUGGUCAACAAGGUGAUUCUGAGCGCCUUCCCGUUCCCCGUGACCGUGUCUCUGUGCCACAUCCUGGCGCUGUGCGCGGGGCUCCCGCCGCUGCUGCGCGCCUGGCGCGUGCCCCCCGCGCCCCCAGUCUCGGGCCCUGGGCCCGGGCCGCAUCCGUCUCCCGGCCCGCUGCUGCCGCCGCGCUUCUACCCGCGCUACGUGCUGCCACUCGCGUUCGGCAAGUACUUCGCGUCCGUGUCAGCGCACGUCAGCAUCUGGAAGGUGCCAGUGUCCUACGCGCACACCGUCAAGGCCACCAUGCCCAUCUGGGUGGUUCUCCUGUCCCGGAUCAUCAUGAAGGAGAAGCAGAGCACCAAGGUGUACCUGUCACUCAUCCCCAUCAUCAGCGGCGUCCUGCUGGCCACCGUCACCGAGCUGUCCUUCGACAUGUGGGGGCUCAUCAGUGCCCUCGCUGCCACACUGUGCUUCUCGCUUCAGAAUAUUUUCUCCAAAAAGGUAUUGAGAGAUUCACGGAUCCACCAUCUCCGGCUCCUGAACAUCUUGGGCUGCCACGCUGUCUUCUUUAUGAUCCCCACGUGGGUCCUGGUGGACCUUUCAGCUUUCCUAGUCAGCAGCGACCUGCAGGCUAGGUCUCAGGUGUUGACAGCUGCUGAGAAAUGCCAGCGUGGGCGACUCCUGUCCUGACAGUCUGGUUCAGGUCUCACUUCGACUUGUCCACACUGCGCUUGCGUUGCUGGAUCCCUUUCUCGGUGUCCUCUCUGCCCAUACUCCCGUUACUGUGGAGGGAUCCUUGGCUCUCCGAGCACAGGAAAGAGAAUCUUCCCACCACCUGCAGGGCCAGCCUCCAGACAACGCACUAGAAACUCACACGCAGUGUGACAGUGAUGAGGAGAAGGUGCGUGUGUUUUUUCCAAGCCUGAGUUAGAGAGGGGAGUAAAUGUAUAUCAGGGCUCAGUGAGGCCUGAUGGAGUUCUUGACUUCCGUCUUCAAUCCUCAGCACCACCUGUAGGCGUAGUGCACAUUAUCUCCAGGCUCCAGUUGGGGAGACUGGCUCUGUUCUUGCUUCCUUUCUGUAUUGAUCAACUGUAAGUUUUCUGCAAAGAACUUUCCAGCAUCGACCAGGACUCAUUUGUUACCUUGAAGUAUAUGAAAGUUCAGUGCUUCUCUUUUUUUUUCAAUUACCAAUUUUCAGAGAGAAGUUCUAGCUUACUGCAAAUGUUAACUAGUGAG